UACCGAGUGUACGUGUUAAGGUUAGACCUUGAGUGUCCGAGACUCUCUCAAUGUUUCAAAUGUAGGAAUGCUUGUACGUACUUGGGAUGGAUUGUUUUGGGAGUAUGCCAACUAUGACGGCUUGUUCUCGAAACAAGCCAACUUCCAGAGUUUACAUCUUGAAUCAUGGUCGGUGGCCAUUUCAAAACUAAUCGGCGGUUUCCAACAAAGCCACAUUAUUUGAAUCCUUCGUCCUCUUACCAGAGUGCACAAUGUUUGGCAUCCCACAAUUCAUUGCUGUUGAGAGCAUUUUGCAGUUGUGACAAACACAAGGGAGUAGAUCUCCAGUGUGCAGGACAAAGAAUGAGGCGAGGAUCUGAUGUGUGAUCGACUCUGAAAUUUGUGGGCGGCUUUCUUGUCUGUGAGAAAAGGACAGAAUUUAUUCCUCAAAGGCCAAGAGGACAGGGCUCAUAAUAUGGGCUGUUUCUCGACAAUUUCUAGCGUUGCUACGUGCGCCAUGUCAUAUUUGUGAAAUGUAGAGCCAAAUUGCGAAUGUGACCAACACGAAAUCGUCGGUAAACCAUGUUUUGUGGUACUCCUGACACGGGUGGAGUGAAGAACUAUGUACAAGGCGUCACUGAAGAUUUUAAGUGAUACUGGCAAAACCCUAUUUAAAAAAGACUGGUACCUCUGGUCUUCGUGACAGAUGUAAAAUCCCUCAAUCCUGGCAUCUGAGCCCUCGAAAGGUCAAGGAAUUUCGUGUGAUUUGCGCUCCAAGCAAGUUUCUUUUAAAAUUUCGGCCUCUGAAUCAUGUCGGAUAUGGAUGUGGGGGAUUGCUCAACUGAUGGAACCUGUGAAGAUGUCACAGGCCCUGGCGGAUCAAUGACUCCCGUGGAAGGCGUUAAGUUUAGCAACGCCACUUUACUCGAAGAGACGACUUUAGCUAUUCAACAAUUCUCGAUUGUGAUUGGUGUAGCAUUAAUGUGUGCUUUGUUGUUCUUUCUCAUGAUCGCUGUAGACAGAUUUCUAGAUUGGCUCAAUGAGAAAUGGAACACUCACUUUGGUGGUGAUAAGGUGGAUGAUGACCCGGAGGAUCCUGCUGCCUUGGUGGGCAGUUUCAAACGAUAUAAGUGAUUCUCUUUAGUGCUCCAAGCCCAUUCUGACUUUCUCGUCUUCUGCCUUUUUUUUUUGAUGAACCAUGGUGAAUCUCCAAAGGAGAUUAAUUUCUCCAAGGUGGCACUCAAAGUCGCAUUUCUUGGUUCUGUUGCUUGGUCUAGUGAUUUGGAUUGUGAUGAUUCAAGUUGAGCAGAGUUCUCCUCGCGUCACAAAUCCCAACGACAAGAUGGAUGACUCCUGUUCUUCUGGGUCCGCUUGGAACAAUUGCUGUUAUUUUGCUCCCGUUCCGAUUGGUGAUUCACACAGAUAUCUCCUUGCAUUCUUCUUUAUCGACAACAUCACUGUUCUGUUCAAUCUGCGACAACAUGCCUUCUGGCUGUCCACAAGGACCUUCGCCUGCUUCAAAAUGACGCACUUGCUCAAUAAUCCAUAUUCCUGGGGAAUCCAAUGUUAUUGGCUCAAGUGUUGUGAUUGCUUGUCAGCCCUUUGUUAUAAACUAUUCUACAUCCAGCUGUUGGUCGGAGGACCUCAGCGCGGCCCAUCAUGGGAAUAAAGUUUCUAUAAACAAUCA